AUGUCUUCUAUUUCUACUGCGGUGACCUAUGCUGGUCUUACCUCGGUUGCCACCUACUACGGCCAAGGAGCAUACCAGCCCCGUCUGAGCACAUUCUGUGCUGAAACGUCUCUAGACAUCAUCAACAUUGGUUUUGUCAACUACUUUCCCGACGCUGGACUAGCUGGAUGGCCCGCGACAAACUUUGGUAACCAGUGCGACGGUACUGUCUACACGCACAACGGCGAAACCACUGGUUUGCUCGCAAACUGUCAUCAGAUCGUCGAAGAUAUCCCUAUCUGUCAAGCCGCUGGAAAGAAGAUUUUCCUUUCUCUAGGCGGAGCUGGCCCCGCGAUAGGUCAAGUUAUUGUAUCCGAGGAGUCUGCCGUGGCAUUUUCUGAGUGGCUCUGGGGUGCCUUUGGUCCUCACGAUUCCCCGUAUGCAACUAUCGAUGUUCCUCGUCCAUUCGACGAUGUGGUUGUUGAUGGUUUCGAUUUUGAUAUUGAGUUCGGGGUUGACUUUGGUUACGGAUACAUGGCAAACCGUUUCAAGGAGCUCUACAACGAAUACACUGAGCAAAAGUCUACAUCGAGGAAAUGGUUCUUGAGUGCCGCACCACAGUGUUCAAUUCCUGAUGCCCACCUUUCCAACGCUAUUCACUACGCGCCCUUUGAUUACAUUUGGGUUCAAUUCUACAACAGUGAUCCUUGUUCUGCCGCCAACUACGUGAACGGCGGUGAUGGGUUCAACUUUGAUGAGUGGGUAGACGUCAUCGAAGCCAGUGCCAACCCCAAUGCCAAACUAUACGUUGGUUUGCCUGCUGAGGACACAGAGGCCGUGGCUGGCUAUUAUGUUGGCGCGUUCAGUGUGGAACCUUUGAUCAAUGAGUACAUGAACAAAUACCCAUCUACAUUCGGUGGUGUUAUGUUGUGGGAAGCUACCGGUUCCCUGAACAACACUACUCCUGAUGGCAACACCUACGCAGACAACAUCAAGAAGGUCCUUGGCAACUGUGCUACAACCAUCGCGCCGUCGCCCCCUCCUCAUACUCCUACUCCUUCACCAACCUCGGCCGCUACUUCGGCUGCUACCACAGCUGCUACCUCUUCCAGCUCCUCGUCCAGCUCCUCGUCCAGCUCCUCGUCCAGCUCUUCCAGCUCUUCGUCCAGCUCUUCGUCCAGCUCUUCCAGCUCGUCUGUCGUGACCCCGACCCCGACACCUACGCCAACCUCGGCCGCUACCACAGCUGCUACCUCUUCCAGCUCUUCGUCCAGCUCUUCGUCCAGCUCUUCUUCGAGCUCGUCUAUCGUGACCCCAACCCCGACACCUACGCCAACCCCAUCAGGAAGCUCUUCAUCUUCCUCUUCUUCUUCGUCGUCGUCGUCGGCCGCCAUUUCCAGCUCGGCUCCGACCUCCACUCCCACGACGACACCCAGCCCAGUAGCAAGCUCCUCUGCCGUGGUUAUCCCAAGCUCUGCCGCCGUCUCCAGCUCUGCCUCAAGCUCAGCUGCUUCCUCAUCUAGCGCUGUGGCCAGUUCCAGCUCUUCUGCGGUUAUCCAGUCAUCAUCUCCAGCUGUCUCCGGUAGCUCAAGCGUUGUCCCCGCUGCUUCCUCUUCUGCUGUCGUACCGGCCACUACUCCGUCUCCAUCUUCUCCGGCUGUAGUUAGCACUCCUUCCUCUUCUCCUGUCCGUUCCACAAAACCUUGCACCAAGAAGACCCCAACUCCUUCGUCAACAGCGGCUAUCAGCAAAUCUUCCUCUUCUUCUGUUCAUUCCACGAAGCCUUGCACUAAGAAGACUCCAACUCCUUCGUCAACAGCGGUUGUUAGCACUCAUUCUGGCAGCUCAUCCACUAAGAAGCCAUGCACCAAGUCCUCUUCUCACAUUACAGUGCCAUCUUCCUCUGCUGUCGUGAGCCCAACCCGUACACGCAGCUGCUCUUCUAAGUCUUCAUCAACUGCUGUUCCUCCUAACGGUGGAUCCACCAGCACCGGAAGCACCACUGCAUCAACCUCUGGAUCCGGCUCUCCUUCUGGCACUGGAGCCACAACCGUCGGAACGUCUACUGGAUCUGUCGGAGGCUCUACAGGUGUUUCUAGCACCGGCUCGGUUACUGAGACAACUCCCGCAUCUGUCGGACCUACUGGAACUGCCUCUGGAUCUGUUACUUCCGGUGUCUCUGCCCCCGCUACCACCGGCCCCGUCACUGGUACUUCCACCGCUGUCGCUACAUCCACUGGCACCGAGUCCUGGACCACCACUGUCGUGACAACUUCCUACGUCUACGUCUGCCCUACUGGUCUCGCUACCAGCACCAUUACCAUCACUGAGUCAUACUGCCCUUGCACAGCAACAGCCGGUGCACCCACCGCUUUGCCCACUGGCUGGACAACCACCACCGCCGUCUGCACAGUCUGCGGUCCUCAGCCUACAACCGUGACCCUGACUCUGCCACCUGCAGUCAGUGCCACUUCCACUGCUCUUCCCGGAGCUAACCCAGGUUCCCUUCCUGGCUCUGGCUCCUCCAAGCCCAACGGUAAUGGCAACGGAUCAAACCCCAACACUGGUUCCGAGACUGGUCCUGCCCCUGGCUCUGGCUCUUCGCCUGCCGAGUCUAGCGGCAAGCCCGGCUCCGGCUCUGCUCCCGGCAAUGGUGCUCAACCUUCGUCUACCAGCACCGUCGUCCCCGGCGCUGGUGCCAUCGGCAACUCUGGCCCAUCUGCAUCAAGCAGCACUGCCACCACGAUCACCGUCCGACCCAGCUCCUCAUCUUUCCCCAAACCCAGCGGCACUCAAACCGGUGUCAGCCCCGCCUUCACCGGCGCAGCUGGACGCGCAAGCCUCAGCCCUAUUGUCGGCGGCGUCAUUCUUGUCGCCUCCUUGUUUGCUCUUCUUUAA